AUGGCCAAACAGUUUACUCCUGUAUCCUUGCCUCCAUCAGUUUGGUCCGUCAACAAUGAUGAUGAGAUUGAUUACGACUACCCUGUUACUAUGGCAUCUGUUGGUUACUACACCGAAGACCCACUCACCUUACCACCAGGAGCCCAUGACAUUCCCUUUGAAAACUUCACACCCACCAGCAAGACUGUAACGCACGAAGCCCUAGUGUGGAAAGGUUCAGAUAUCACGCUCGAAAACGACGAGAGGAAGGCGAUCAAAUUAGCGGUCUGCCAAUCCGCCUGGAAAUGUCCAAUGUUUAUAACGAAGUGUCUUUACCUUGGUAGCCACUGGCUCGGGUUAGGAAAUCUGUUUGAUCCUUCUGAGCGAGAGGAUCGAAAAUUGCUCACCAACUGCUUUUUGGAGGCAAUCUCCCUUGACCACACAAUGCUACAAGAUAUGACCAAGUCCGGACAGCAGUCGUCCUUGAGAUGGGACACCAUUCGUCUAACUGUGCAUUUUUUCCAUGCCUCACCGUUGCUCGCUCCUAAUCGAUGUGAGCAGUUCUCUAGUUAUGUCGAGAACAGACUUUCUGAGUUUCGCAAGAUCGUCCGAGGUUGCAUUUUGUCAGAAACAGGAUUCUCAGGUAACACGGACAAAGAGCGGGAUUUGAGGGUCAAGGAGUUAUUUGAACUCUUCAUUUCAACUAACCAAGAGGAUAUUGAGCGAGCUAUUCUUCAAAUCGUCAGGGAGCAUAUGUUCAAGGAGCUGUUAUGGGUGUCGUCGCUACAAACCUUGAAUGGUUUGGCUGAUGGCAACCGCAAAGGCAGAAUCACAGACUUAUUUCCAGAAGAAUUUCGGGAGGAGAACAUUCUAGCUAAAUGUCUCGUUGGAACUCUUGUAACAGUCUUUCGCGAGUUCCAGGACACGAUGAGGAACGUGCUUUUUUUAAGGUUUGCGAAUGUGUUACCUAUGGACCCGAAGGCCUUGGGCCCUAGAACAUCCAUGAACAAUAAGCGAAUCAGAACUUUGAAGGAUGUUAAACCCAUCAUACAGGUGGAUGAAUGUCUCCCUGGUCUUCCCUAUGCGAGCUUCACAUCCUUCCAUUCGGAAAGAGUCGGGAAGCCCCUUUCCGUCAAUCCCUCUAUGGGACAGCUGCCAAUGAAAGGCAGAAAGGUGUUGCGACCCAACCAAUCGGCCAUCACUACGCCAGUGACAACACAACGUCUGACGACGAUCAAGGCCAAACUCGUCGACGUCAGAAAUAAGGCCACCAACACUGUGAAAUCAGCACUUCGGUGUAGCAUGUCUGAGUCGUUAUGUUUGACCUGCUGGGGCAACGACUACACAUUCCUAGAACUACCAUCACUGUGUUAUACCAUCGCAUACAUUGCUACCACGUUGACACAUCGAGCCAUGACCACGACGAUUAAAACUGCAGCAAUGGACUCACAGGAGCUGCUCAUGCGCAGUGUACCUAUAUGGCCAAUGCAGCUCUGGCGGUACACCGAAAUAACACUACCGGAAGCUCUCCAUCAUAACUAUACCGUUGGAAUGAUGCAGGUUGACAUGCCUAGGUGUGAAACACGUCAAGAUUGGACCAAGAUAGUCCAUCUGUCAGGAGCUGUAUAUAACUAUAAUGCAAGAUGGAAAACAUACGCCGAAAUGAACAUGAGGACUUACUCAGAUGACCAGCUCAUGAGGCUCGAAGCUUGGAUCGACGCAUCAAGAAAAAAGCUAAACAAUGAAGAGUGGUUCCUAGUUGUCGAGCCAAUGUUAGUGAGAGGUAAUGAAAUCUUUCCAUACUACUAUGUGGUUCCGGAGAAGCGCAUCAUUACCUGGUUGGAACCGGUAGGUGGAUACCUUCAUUUUCAAGAAUGUAAGACGGCAUGGCAUUGGACCCACAAAAGACUCGAAUUAGAGGCCCAGUAUUGGUGA